AUUGGAAAACUUUGUCAAAAUUCCACUAAUGUUGAAAACCCCUCCACAAUUUCGCAAUUGCAAUGUUUCAGUUAAAUAGCAAAUGUAAUUAAAAUCUAGGGUUAGUAAGUUUGUUCACUGAAAAACUCGCCGCACUGUCGUCCUCCAUCUACUUCCUGUGGUCUUUGUCUUUUUUCCUCCCCCAGUGGUAAGAUCUGAUUGUUGAUUACAUGACAUCUGGUGUGAAAUAAAAAGUAUUCUCAUUGCAGUUUUUCGUAUUACAGUAACUGUAAUACAGUCAAAAAUACUCCUCAUCCUACCACAAAAAAAUGUUUUAUUGAAAAAUGUUUCUUUUUCCGAAAUUGCCAUUUUUAGCAAUAGCAUUUUGCUUGUAACAUGAAGCAAAAUUUCUUUCUGUAAUUCCAUUUUGCGCAAUGAAAGCACAGCUUCUAGCACGCCCACUCCAAAACAAACACCUCAUGUCUGUUGAGCAAUUCAGAGGUCAACUUGUUGCCGUGGAUGGUAUUGCUGUCUAGCCUGAGUGCUCUUGGGCUUAAGGGCACAAACGUAUGUGUGGACAUUCUCCUUCAGGGUUUGAUGGUUGAGAGCAGCACUUGUGGCUCCGUCGUCCAGGUUCCUGAAACGUUAAAUGACAACAACGUGUUCUUCCAUAUGAUGUCAUUGUUUUACGCCGGAUGUCACAGGAUGUACGCCUUCAAAAAAGUGGAACAUUUUGUCAAAUGUGAGUCAGGCCUUUGAGGAUUUUUGUUCAGAAUGCGGUUUUCCAUUGGAAAUGUCCAACAGAUGCCAUUUUUGCUUUAUCUUUUUCUUCUUGUUAUAUUACAAAGACUGACCGUGGCCAAGUGAGUUUUGCAGCACGUUUCAUGUUUUCUCCACUUGUGGAAAUGGCUUUUCACGUGGCUCACAGGAUUCCUAGAGUCUUAGAAACGACAGGUGGAUGUCAGUAACUUUUUCUCAUCUCUUCUUGCUCUUCAUAACUGAUAUCUGAGAUAUUUAUUUAGCCAAUGUCCUGUUGUCAGGCAGGUUACAUUUUAACCAUCCUAUUAAAAAAAAAGAUCACUAAUUAAAACAUUUGACUAAUAUAUUCAGUGAUAAAUCAUUCAGAGCCAAACAAGCCCGCCAUUUGUUCUGUUAAUACAAAACAGCACAGUUUACUCAGGAAGUGAUGCAGUCUUACCAAAAACCUGCCACCUCAGAGGCAGAGCUACAAAAAUAAAUUAAUGAAAAGUUCGGAUACAGACGAAUAAGAUGAUUACAUUUUAGCCAUCACCUCUUAAGAACAUUGGAAAGGGGACAUCAUUGUAGUUUCUUCUUCAAAAGAUAAGAUUCAGGCUAGAAUUAAUAACUGAUUCUGUUAUAAAUUGGGGGCACUUAGCUGAAAUGUAGUUAUUUUUGCAUGCAACAACUCAAAAACAAUGCACAAUGUUGCAUAAAGAAAUUGCGUUGCAAUAAAUGGCAGUAAUUCCAGCAGAGAGACAAAACCGGCUGUGAAAUUAGGAGCAGAGAAGACAUUUUGUAGGAUGCAGGAGUGGGAGGCGAGACAAAAAGGUGAGGGCUGAUUGUCUUCGGUAAUACCUGUGGUUUUAGGUGUACUUAUGUCUGAAGUAGAAUAAAAUAACUGAAUCAACAGGUACGAAUCGGUCAAAGGACGCAGCGUAGCCGUUAUUGAAUUUUCAGGAGGCUUCAUUGUUUCACACUUAACAAUUGAUUCCACCUGCUAGUCCACGGGAUUGUUCUCUCGCCGUGAAUGUCACAGUGCCCUGUCUUUCCCAGGGACGUUUUCAUUCAGAAAACAUGCGCUACACCAAAGACAUAACAGAUCAUCCAUCCAAUGGGUAGCACAGAGCUACCUCCCCCAGUUUCUGUGGCUCUUUUCACACCCCAGGUACUGCAAUGACAGAGAACCCGGCCUAUAACACCACCUUGGAGGACCUGAUCCUUUCCAGUGCUCCAGUGUUGCAGAACAAGCCUUGGCCUCAGCAGAACAUCACCUAUGUGGAUUUCUACCUUCACAAACCCGGCGUGGCUGUGGUCUUCACCGUUUCCUACCUGCUCAUCUUUGCGGUGUGCAUGGUCGGUAACGGGGUGGUGUGCUUCAUCGUGCUGCGCAGCAGGAACAUGCGCACCGUCACCAAUCUGUUUAUCCUCAACCUGGCCAUCAGUGACCUCCUGGUGGGCAUCUUCUGCAUGCCAACCACACUUCUGGACAACAUUAUAACAGGAUGGCCUUUCGGUAGCAUUGUGUGUAAACUGAGUGGGAUGGUUCAAGGAAUAUCUGUGUCGGCAUCUGUAUUCACCCUCGUUGCCAUCGCUGUUGACAGGUUCCGCUGCAUUGUCUACCCUUUCAAGCAGAAACUGACCAUCGCCACCUCAAAGCUAAUUAUUGUCAUCAUUUGGGCCCUGGCUGUAUUCAUCAUGUGCCCGUCGGGGGUCAUGCUCCAGGUCACGAAGGAGCAGACAGUACGGAUAGUCCUCGGUCCCAACAGCGACACUCGUCCGUUCUACUGGUGCCGGGAGAACUGGCCUAGUCAGGAAAUGAGGAAGGUCUACACCACGGUUCUCUUCGCCAACAUCUACCUCGCCCCGCUAAGUCUGAUUGUCAUCAUGUACGCGCGCAUUGGCUUCACCCUCUUUAAGACCACCCUACCUCCAGCUAGGGGCAGUGGGAGCGCCCCACUGGAGGUCAGCGGCAACAACAAACUGAGCGUGGACGGGCGUCAGACGAUCACUCGGAAGAAGAAGCGGGUGAUAAUGAUGCUCCUGGUCGUGGCUUUGCUUUUCAUUGUAUCCUGGCUGCCUCUCUGGACCCUCAUGAUGCUGAGCGACUACGCCAGCUUGACGGAGCACCAGUACCGCGUCAUUAACAUCUACGUGUACCCUUUCGCUCACUGGCUGGCCUUCUUCAACAGCAGCAUCAACCCCAUCAUCUACGGCUUCUUCAACGAGAACUUCCGCAAAGGCUUCCAGGCAGCCUUUAAGUUCCAGCUGUGUUCCGCCGACGUCCUGCGCCAAAGGACCCUCUCCCACCGGAUCAGAGGGAACGCCGUGCUCCCAGUCCACCCGACGGUGCCGAGCAGACCGGCGUCCAGAGCCGGGUCGCUGUUCGUGGGGAAUGGAACGUGUCAGGAGGGAAACGACGUCAGAGAGCAAGAUCUGAUCAUGGAGGAUUUGGAAAAAGUUUCACAGAUUUAGAAAGACUGAGGUGGUGCGUGGCCUAAGGAUGUUUCGUAAAGAUCUACAACCUAAAAAUCCAUAAACCCAACUUACGCUCCUUCCAUGUUUGCUGUUAAUGAAUGUAACCCAACGUCAUGUUAAAUAAAGUUUGCUUCGACUGUUA